GACCUUGGGAUUUGAACAGGACACAGGCCCCAGAAGGCCUAGGGCACUGUCCCCUAUUCCUAGGGCCUUCUCCCUUAGUCGCUCCUCCCUUGUCCCUGAUACCCCGCCCCUUACAAGUCUGUACUUCCUAGGCCGGGAUUGUUUGGCACCUUCCUGCCCCAAUUGAGGGUGGGAGUGCCUUUGGGGAAAAUGGAGCCGAGAAGGGAGGCUCCUGGACCAUCCGGCGGGGGGCCUCGCAUGGCCAUGGGGUCGGGGACCGCCGCAGAGCUUGUGUACCAUCUAGCGGGGGCCCUGGGCACGGAGCUGCAAGAGCUGGCGCGCCGCUGCGGGCCCGAGGCGGCGGCCGGGCUGGUGCCCCUAGUGGUGCGAGCGCUGGAGCUCCUGGAAACGGCCGCCGUGGGGUCCGCCCCAGACUCGCUGCAGGUGUCCGCGCAGCAAGCGGAAGUGGAGCUGCGGCGGCUGCGGGAGGAGAACGAGCACCUCCGCAGGGAGGCGCGCGCCGGGCCGCAGGAGGACCGCGCGCUGCUGCGGCAGCUCAAGGAAGUGACGGACAGGCAGCGGGACGAGCUCCGAGCACACAGCCGCGACCUGCUGCGACGAAGCCAGGAAACUGAGGCGUUACAGGAGCAGCUACAGCGCCUCCUGCUGGUGAAUGCGGAGCUGCGCCACAAGCUGGCUGCCGUGCAGACCCAGCUGCGGGCUGCGCAGGACCGCGAGAGGGAGCGUGAGCUGCCGCAGGGAGGCGCCCACGAGGCAGCUAAAGGGCAGCAGCAGGAGCCCGAGCGGGCGCCCCCUGAGAACGUGGUGGCUGCCAUGCAGCAGCCAGGUCACCAGGUCGAGGCAGGGCAGUGUGGCUUCAGCCGGGAGGAGCUGGAACAGAUCCUUCAGGAGCGGAAUGAACUCAAAGCCAAAGUGUUCCUGCUCAAGGAAGAGUUGGCCUACUUCCAGCGGGAACUGCUCACAGACCACAGGGUCCCUGGGCUUCUGCUAGAAGCCAUGAAAGUGGCUGUCAGGAAGCAACGGAAGAAAAUCAAGGCCAAGAUGUUAGGAACACCAGAGGAGGCAGAAAGCAGUGAUGAUGAGGAUGGCUCGUGGCCUCCACUCUCCAAAAGUAAAGAAGAUGACGCCCCACCUCCCGAGUCCAGAAUACAGAGUUUGUAUGUUGAGGGAAGGGAAAGGCCCAUAGCCCUGACUUCUCUGGCUUCCCGUGUACCUCUUGGCUCGCCCUCUAGCUUUGGUCUGUGGUAUCGGGGUGAAGCAGAGACCCCUCAAGUUGAGACCAGUGGCACCUCUCCCAGCCAGCUAGAGGGAGAAGAGGAAGCCCCCCAGCAACCUCACUUGGAGCCUGUUGGCAGCUCUCAAGCCCCCAACUCCUGAGUCGCCCUGCUCUGUGCCCAGUGAACA